AUGGCGCAAAUCCACGGUCGAAUUAACGAACGGUUGAAGGACCUCGGCAGUCUCAAUGCUACGGCGUGUGAGGGUUUGGUAGAAGACCUCAGGGAGAUCUCGGAGAUACUCCUAUGGGGCGAACAGAAUAAUCAUCAGGAGCUGUUCGACUACUUCUGCGAGAAGGAGAUGCUGAGCAGUUUUGUAAU